GAUGUAAGAUCCCAACCAUUAGAUUCUGAUCUGAAAACGAAGAGCCAUUAUGUAUAAAAUAAUCUUUGGGAUAGAAGACAACAGGAAGUCCUGUGUUACCUAAUCAUCUGUGACUGAAGGCACCAGAACUGAGCCACUUAUUUCUAACAUCUCAACAAUUCAAAGUUGUAUUCUUGAAGAGAAUUAAAGUGCACAAGCUGGAUAUAGGCAUGGAAUACAAGAAAUACAUAUUGUUGGCUACUGCCUUGUGUUUAGGAUAUAUCUGCCCCCAAAGUGAAGGACGUCCACCUUAUGCAUGCCAAUGUCUCAUGGAUCCCAAAGACCGAAGGAACUGUAAUUAUGCUUCUGUAGGCAUCACUGCAGAGGAAUGCACGGCAAAUGGAUGUUGCUUUGAUGCAAUGGUCCCUGAUGUCCCAUGGUGUUUCGUACCUUCUGGACAAAGAGCUUCUCUUCAUUAUGCAAAGAAAAUGAUCGAACCAGAAGCAAGGCUGGACUGCGGCUACCAAGGGAUUACUCGUAAACGGUGCCAAAGAAUUGGAUGCUGCUUUGAUCCCACAGCUUCUGGUGCACCAGUAUGUUUCCAUCCCCCAGUAAACAACGUUUCCCGACAGUGUGUAAUGGACAGGAGUGCAAGGGAAGACUGUGGAUACCCAAGCAUCACUGCUGAAGAAUGCCAAGCAAAAGGAUGUUGUUUCAAUUCAUAUGUUGUUAGUACUCGGUGGUGCUUUCACCCUCUUUCUGACCCAGGACUUGCCAAGAUGUGUGGAAUGGCUCCCAAAAAACGAGUGCCAUGUGGGUAUUCUGGCAUCUCUGCUGAUGAUUGCUUGAGGAGAGGAUGCUGCUAUGAACAUUACCAGUACGCCAAAAAUGUUCCGUGGUGCUUUGAACCUUCAGCACAGAAAGGCAAUUUUUCACUCAUUGCCAGAAUGAGCCUUUCUUUCCAAGGAUUGGAAGCAACCAUGGAUCAGAAAGGGAUCUGGUUACUCUCGUUCAUUUUAGUUUUAGGACUCAGCACAAUAAUAGAAGCGAAGACAGCACCACCGGAGUGUAGAUGCCAUGUAGAUCCCAAAGCAAGGACAAACUGUGGACCUCCUGGAAUCAAUGCUGAGCAAUGCAGAAACAACGGAUGCUGCUUCAGUUCAGAAGUCCCAGGAGUGCCCUGGUGUUUUACUCCAUCUCCUCCACAAUAUAAAAAGGUAUGUCCUUCAGAAGUCAAAGUCAGACAGAACUGUGGCUUCCCUGGAAUCUCUGCUGAUGAAUGUGAGAAGAGAGGAUGUUGUUUUGAGUCCAAACCACCUGCUGUUCCAUGGUGUUUCUUUCAUACUUAUGUAGAAGAAGACAUGAACUGCAAAUGGCUUUGGCUCAUGGCCAUUGUUCUAAUUUUAGGAUUCAGCAGUUUGGCAGAUGCUAGAAGGAUAAGGCCACCACCACGUAGACCACCAAGAAGAAAAAGUUGCAACGUGGCUCCAAGGAACAGACGGGACUGUGGUUAUCCAGGGAUCAGUAAACGAACAUGUGAAAGUAAAGGGUGCUGCUUUAGCGGCAGGAUCCAAAAUGCCAAGUGGUGUUACUAUCAUGGAUGAUUGAAAUGAAAUAGUGACAGCAUCCUGGAAGCUCUUGCAGUAGAAUUCUU